AGGCUUCUGGGAGUCGGAGUCCGGAAAAACGGUAGCCAAGAUGGCGGCGCUGGUUGUGGGCGGGGAAGGACGCGCGGGAGGAGCCUUCGCUUCUUCAUUCAGGUCGCCUCAGGCCGAGGGAGGGAAGCCGAGGAGGAGCGGAGCCUGAAGGCCCCGAGGCGGGAAAGGGAACUACGCGAGCCCGAGGCUUUUGCCUGCGUGUAGGCCUCGCUUGGCUCCUCUUCCCUUUUAAGAUUGCCUUCCCACCUGAACCGUUUGAAGAUGAUCAAGAUGGCAAUGCUGUGACAUGGCUGCCCAGUGCAAGACGCAAACCCUGCAGGUGGUGGACACCGAAUACAGUGCGGACGCAGUGGAGUGGUGCCCGGUCGAAGGCUGGCAUGGCCUCCUCGCAUGCGGCACCUACCAGCUGAAGAAGCCAUCCAGCCAGCCUGGAGAGAACCCUGACGAAAGCAAUGAGCCCCACGUACGUCUGGGCCGGCUUUACCUCUAUCUCUUUGAAGAGCAACCUUUUGCGCCUCUGACCGAGAUCCAAAGGCUAGAGACAGCGGCUGUGCUGGACAUCAAAUGGUGCCACACUCCUAUCGCUGAGCAUCCUGUCCUGGGCAUUGCGAACGCCAAGGGGGCGGUGGAGCUCUCCCGCUUGACAGGAAAUGAGAAAAAGAGCUGCAGACUGGAAGCGCUGUGCAACACAAACCUGGGAGACGAAUGCCUGGCUUUGUCUCUGGAUUGGUCCACAGGACGGGAGCGACGUGACUGUCCUUUGCAGCUGGUCAGCAGCGAUUCCAAAGGGAGGCUGAGCUUGCUCUCUGUCAACGAAUCUGCCCCGGCUUUGCGCAUUGUGGAGCAAUGGAAGGCGCAUGACUUUGAGGCCUGGAUUGCCGCAUUUAACUACUGGAACACAUGCAUUGUAUACUCAGGAGGAGACGAUUGCAAGUUGCGAGGCUGGGAUACCCGAAGUAAUCCCAAGACUCCUAUCUUCAGUAGUGAGAGGCAUUCGAUGGGUGUGUGCAGCAUUCAGUGUCACCCGCUUGUGGAGAACCUGCUGGCCACUGGGAGCUAUGAUGAGCAUGUUCUCUUAUGGGACACCCGGAAUAUGAAGCAGCCGUUGGCAGGCACCCAUGUACAGGGCGGCGUGUGGAGGUUAAAAUGGCACCCAAAACGGGAGCAUUUGCUGCUGGCGGCCUGCAUGCACAAUGGCUUCAAAAUCCUCGAUUGUCAAGGCACUAUGGGAGCAACCGGAGUUGCUUCUGGAGUGAGAGAAUUGGCCGUCUGCAAGGACGUUACCCAGGGGAUGCCCGGAUGUUUUGAUGUUUUACCAUCCUUUUGGGAGGCUUCUCUCAUGUCCCCGCAUGGAGCUGGAGCUGAUAGAGAGAGCUCAUCCACGCUCUCCCUGGGUGGGAUUCGAACCUGGCAGCUUUCAGGGGAGAACAAAGAGAAAUGCACCAUUCUUUCAUCUUACAUCUUGCACAAUUCCUUGGCUUACGGUGCCGACUGGUCGAGGCUCCUCCUGCGCGAUCCCUCGGUGCUGCCUGCCCCAACGCCGGCGGCGCAUCCGGAUCAAGGAGACGGGGCUGUGGAUCUGAGAGUCCAAAACCUCAAGAUCGUGUACGAAUCGCCCACCGCCACUUUCGACGUGUUGCUGGAGGAGGAGGAACAUCCCCCUGCGUCCUCGGCCCAAGCGGAAGGAAGCGGCGACGCAGAGGGGUCGAGCGUGGAUGGAAACGUGUGCGGUGCCAAAGCGCGGGUGGAAACGGAGCCCACACAGGCCUGUAAAGAGACCAGCCUCCUGGCAACGUGUUCCUUUUACGACAACAUGCUCCACGUGUGGAAAUGGGAGACUAGUCAGGCUAGUCGGCAUUGAUUUAGGUGGCCACCAACCUGCCUUUCUUCUUUAAGCAUUGGACAGAAAGGUAGGUGCUGGCAUCAAUGCCGUCAUCCCAUGUCCUAGGUUUCCAGCUUUACUCCAGAUUGCCCUUUGUGGCUCUGAGAGCUUUGAAAACUGCUCAGGUAUUUCAGGGAAGGUAUUGCUUCCCCCUUCCUUUGCCUGCUCUUCCUUGCUGCAGACUGGGUUUUUUAUUCCAUGAUGUCCUGUACGGACAAUUAUAUUAUCCCAUUGAUUAUUCUUGUAUCCCAUCGAUGUAAAUCUUUUUAUUCCUCUUUUGUCCUAUCUAAGGACCAGUCUUAUCGCCCUUACAGACAUGCCCUAUAUCCCAGGAUCUGAUUCCAGGUUUUCGGCUUUAAAUUGGAUUAUAGCAGUCCGCACUGCCAGAUAAUCUGGGAUAACCAGAAAACCUGGGAUCAGAGCCUCUCUGGAAGGGCCCUUAGCAUUUUUAUUCCAGCAAGGAAGACCCUCCUUAUUCGUAGUUCCAUUUGGAGGACAUACCUUUUCAUAGUUUCCUUUUUUCCCCCCAAAACACCAGCUUAAAAUAAUUUAGGCUGCAGGGUUUACAAUGGGCAUCACUUUUAAACAGCCGCUGAAUGGCUAGUUUGUGUCGUUGAAGGCUUUCAUGGCCGGAAUCACAGGGUUAUUGUGUGUUUUCCGGGCUGUAUGGCCAUGUUCCAGAAGUAUUCUCUCCUGACAUUUCGCCCACAUCUAUAGCAGGCAUCCUCAGAGGUUGUAAGAUAUAUACCUCACAACCUCUGUGGAUGCCUGCCAUAGAUGUGGGCGAAAUGUCAGGAGAGAAUACUUCUGGAACAUGGUCAUACAGCCCGGAAAACACACAUCAACCCAAUGGGUAGUUUACUUAUAGCUCCAGCGAGGAAAGAAAGGAUCAAAUACACAGAGAAUGUCUGCUGCUAUUUUAUAGUCUGCCUCUUCAGGAAGCCUCUAUAAGAUUGCUUUUAAUUCAAGCCAGCUUUGUUUAUUAGCAAGAAGCAGUUUUGACGCUCUUCUCGCUUUCAUAUCACUCAAUGAAAGAUCACCAGCAACAUUCAGUAUUGGGAAGGAGGAUAUUUUUCCUGAAACCCAGGUGCAAAAUUCCUCAGUGCUGCAAAAGUCCUUGCAGCCGGAGGCUUGGCAAUGCCAUUUUAGGGCACUGAUGUACAGAUACGCACAUUGGCAUUGUAAACAAGAUGUUUAAUUAAAAAGUUUUGACCUUUCUAAAA